CAUCCACACCGCCGCCGCACACACCAUGGCCACCUCGACCACCGCACGCACGCCCGCCGCUCCCGAUGCGCCCGCGCCGGGCAGCUACAGCAGCGGCAGCGACUCGUCGGAGCUGAGCUACCUGCGCGACCUGGCCGCCCAGCUGCAGAGCAAGAUCCGCGCGCUCGAGUCGGCCGCCACGUCGCUGCUGCCCUCGACGGGCGGCGCGGCCGACGGCGUGCGCAUGAUCCUCAUCGGCCCGCCGGGUGCCGGCAAGGGCACGCAGGCACCCAAGAUCCUGCAGCGCUUCAACGGCAACGUCUGCCACCUCGCCACGGGCGACAUGCUGCGCGAGCAGGUCGCACAGGGCACGGAGCUCGGCAAGAAGGCAAAGAAGAUCAUGGACCAGGGCGGCCUCGUCAGCGACGAGAUCAUGGUGGGCAUGAUCGAGCAGCAGCUCGAGCAGAACAAGCAGUGCGCCAACGGCUUCAUCCUCGACGGCUUCCCGCGCACGACGCCGCAGGCCGAGAAGCUCGACGGCAUGCUCACGUCGAAGAACCAGAAGCUCGACCACGCCAUCGAGCUCAAGAUCAACGACUCGCUGCUCAUCAGCCGCAUCACGGGGCGCCUCGUGCACCCGGCCAGCGGCCGCUCCUACCACAAGGAGUUCAGCCCGCCGAAGAAGGCCAUGACCGACGACGUCACGGGCGAGCCGCUGGUGCAGCGCUCCGACGACAAUGCAGAGACGCUCAAGAAGCGCCUCGGCACGUACCACGCCCAGACGGCCAGCGUCACGGGCUACUACCGCAAGAAGGGCAUCUGGGCUCCCGUCGAUGCCGCGCAGAGCCAGGCCGUCGUGUGGAACAGCAUCAGCGCCAUCUUCGAUGCCAAGGCCAAGAAGGACGCGCAGAAGUAAAGGCGGCCUCGCGCACAGCCGGGCGUGCAGAAGUGGCUGCUCGAGAGCGAGCCCCAAAUGCAAGGAGAUAGAGAAGGACAAUGGCAUGCGAUGCAGCUGC